UCUACUAGCUAGUUCCUGGGGUGUGCUGAUACAGGCAUAGCGCUUGUUCCCACACCGCAUGAUGAAAAACAGCUGAUCAAAGCUCGUGGUGGAGGGAAAACCAUUUCACGCUAUUUUUGAUUCCACGUGUCAUAAUUUCAGUCGACAGGAUGCUCCAAAAAGAAAUAAUUUUUUACAACACGAGGAAUAUCAUUAAAAUGUGUAUUAGAAGGAGUGGAAUGUUUUCACGGUUUUUGGAAAUGUUUUACAAGAGAUAUGAUGAGAUAUAAGUAUUUUAAUUGUUACUAUGGUAAGCAACACAAAAGCCGCGUAAAACCUCGCAUUGUUUACAGGAAAGUGUCACAGAUCUAACGGGGAGAUAACACCCUAGAAAUCGGCUGGUUAUUAAUGGAUAGUACUGCAGAGCGACUUAAAAAGAGCGCAGAAGUCAUGGUAUACAGAAACAUCUGUUGUUCCCCCAUAUCUUACAUAGCGGAUGACAUCGUGUAUUGAUUCCAAGUGCAGACCACCUCGGUUUCAUGGAGGCAUUAAAAUCUUACCUUAGUAAAUUCAGAAAACAUCGGAGUGUUUCGGGAGAUAGGGGAAUUUCACCAAACAGGAGGAAAAGAAAUAAAUUCCGGAAAAGAAGCUUAAAUGAAAAUCUUUCAGAUGAGGAUGAGAGAGGUGGAAAUUUUGGACAUAGUGAUUACCACAAGACUAAAGUCUCCGCAGUCAGGAGUAUAUAUGAAAAUCCUCUAUUGAAGGAUACCUUGACGAACUGUAGCUCCCAAGAACAUGUGCACAAAGAAAAAAUGUCCCCGCCUGCCAAACCCCCACGUAAAGACCAAGUGUUUUCUGUGACUUUUCAGGACUUUCUACCACGGGAUUUAGGGAUAAUUGUGGGUCUGACUCAAGAUAAGCUAGACUACAGGGCCAGGACCAGACUUAGAAGUGAUACUGCAGUAGAAAAUGGGUCACCCUGUGACAAGAAUUCAAUUAUUCGCAUCAUUUUCAUCAAAGAGGGAAGUGUCGCAAGUGAGAAUGGACAAGUUCAUGUUGACGACGAGGUCGUAAGUGUGAAUGGAUGGAACAUGACCCGAGAAAACACGGGUAGUGCUCGGUUGUUGUUGGCAAACGCAGUGAGAUCGGGAAAAGUCACCAUGACACUACGAAGGAAGAAGAAGCGUCCUGCACCCCCUCCCCCCACCAGUCAGGAUACACCCAGUAAAUCUGAAGAAGAUCAGGAAAAAGAGAAUAAAUCCAUCAUGACACAGUCCCUUGAUUCAUUGCCUGGAAACUCUGGAGGCCAUGACAACUGGUAUCUCGGCAACAGAAAUGAUGGCAGCUCAUUGACUCUCGAUUCCAUGGGUAGCUUUGGAAAUGACAUGGGGUCUAUAGACGAUGUGUUCAUAGAUAAUUCUGACAAUCUUUCACUUAAUGUCGCAAGACAAACGUUCCAACAUCAAAUGAGUGAAAGUGCAAUAUGUGUAUCUAGUAGUUCUCAGAUAUCUAAGUCAGACUAUGUAAAUGUAAAUUUAGGAAACAAAAAUAGGACUCAUAGUGCCUCUCUUAUAGAAGAUACUGUUGAAUGGAAUACCGUCCCAAUAAACCUGACACAAGAUGUAAUGGACACUGUGAAUACAGCUCAAAUGACUCUCAAAAAACGGGGAAAAGUAGGUUCUCUGAAAAAUUCAAGUGAACAAGACACUACCAUGUACAGUUCUGAUCCUGAACUGAUCAGCAUUAACACAAAUAAGCAUCUGUACAAGAAAAACAAGAAAGGGUGGCGGUACCACCAGGACCGGGGUGGUACCCAGACCCCCACCUCCUGUUACAGCUCAGACAGUGGAGGCAGCAGCUACGUCCCUAAGAAACGGAUUGUUACAAAACUGCAUUUGCUGAAAGAUGAGAAUGGACUAGGAAUUCACAUUGCCGGAGGGAGGGGAUCCAAGAAAGGAGACAUAGGGAUCUUUGUGGCAGGGAUCACAGAGGGUGGGGCAGCAUUCAGAGAUGGACGAUUGAAGCGUGGGGAUGAAUUGCUGAUGAUAAAUGGAAAGAGUUUGAUUGGACUCUCUCACUGUGAGGCGGUGGACGUCCUCAGAAAUUCACCAAAACUUGUACAGGUCGUAGUCGCCUCCAAGGUACAGAAGUCCUCAUCUGUGGCAUCUACAGGAUCCUCUUCUGUUCCAAGCCUUUGUUCCAUUCCUACUUCCCAGCAGCUUCCAUCAGAGGUCGUGACCCCUGACCUAUCUAUCCCAGAAGUCACUGCUCAGACACCAAGUGGAACAGUGUUCAACUGGGAGGACUUAAUGCAGAGGUUUGAUCUACCUCUGGACCAUACAGACAAAGUGAAAACAGAAGAUAGUUCUAGUGAACUCUUCCAGACUGUCACCAUCCACAAGGGGGCCCGAGGAAAGGGGCUAGGGUUUACAAUUGUAGGGGGCAGUGACUCUGAGAGGGGAAGUCUAGGAAUCUAUGUCAGAAGAAUUCUACCUCAUGGACUUGUAGCAGAGGAAGGAAGCAUCAAAGAAGGAGAUGAGAUAUUGAAGGUCAACGACCAGCCAAUGAGAGGCCUUUCUCAUAAAGAGGCCAUACAGAAAUUCCGACAACUCAAAAAGGGUCCUGUAUCUAUCACCUUCUGUAGAAGGUCAAGGUCUCGUGCAUCUAGUCCAUCAUUGAAGUCUGGCAGAACCACACCUGUGGAUUUUUCAUCAGAUGGAAGCCCUGUCUCCACCCCAGGGCACUCCCCCUCCCCAAGUUUUGAUGACCUUGCUUCUUUCUGUGAUGAAAUUCUGGGAACACAAAAACGUUUUUCUGAUGUCAGUAGCUAUGACAACAGACUCAGUGAUUCAAUAGAGGAGAGAAUGCCUAGGUCGGUGAAUGAUCAAGAUGGCGUUACUGGUCAAACCGAAGACGGUUCUCUGCAAGAGAUUCUACUUCACAAAGAGAAUGGGAUAGGACUUGGAAUAUCUUUGAUUAGAAAAGAUUGUAAGGGGGUGAGCCAGAUAUUUAUACAGGAUAUUUAUAACAGUUCACCAGCAGAUAAGGAUGGGAGACUUAGGAGGAGUGAUCAAAUAGUUGAAGUGAAUGGAAAACCCCUUCAGGGCCUCUCCCUCCUAGAUGCUUACCAAUCCUUCAGGAGCCUCAAAGCUGGGCCAAUCGUCUUGGUGAUCAAAAGGGGAGAGAACUUUUUGACGAUUUCUCUCGACCUUGAGCACAGCACUGCCAGUGAGUUCAAAUGCGAUUUUACCCAGAAUUCCUCAGCUGUGCUGUGGAAGUCCACAAACAAGGAAAAUAAACAGAAAGGGGAUACUGGUGGUCAACAGUCAGUCAAUUUACUCCAAAACAGAAGGAAGGAAGAACAUCGGAUAAAACAUGGGGUCAACUCUUGUCUACAAAACAAUAGAAUUCUCACAGAAUGUGGAAUCCAUUUUCAAAGUAAAGUACAGGCAACUACAGCGAUUGUAGAAAUGGCUAAUAAGACUGAUGACUUAGAGAGGACGAAAGCAGUGUCACCUUCAAAGCCAUUAGAGAUCAGAGGAAAAUCCAAAAUGGAGGGAAGUACAACAGACUCCGAUUUCUCUGACCUUGACAUUCAAACUUUUGCAGAGAAAGGUAUGUCCACUCCCCCUCCCAAUAAAUCUGUAUCUUCCCCAUCUGGAUCACCACACAAAAGAGGGUAUCUUCCGUAUGUGGACAAUUUCAACACAGGUGAUUUUUACUCAGAGCAAAGUCCUAAGAAAAGGAAUUUAAAUCAGUAUCCAUUUGGUCCAGGAAAAGAGAAUCUGUUUAAUUUGAACUGGACAAACUCAGAAUCAUCUCGAGAUAGUGCAUUAGGAGGUUCACUGAUGAGUGCUCUCGGUUCAGUUCUCACUGACACAUCAAGCUCAUACGAGACUAACUCGGAGUCCGAGCUGAGUUCGUCUGGUCACAGUGUGUAUGGGAGAUACCAGAAAAUUGAUGGCUCGUCUGGCGAGUCUAGUGAAGAAGAAGUGCUGGUAUUACAUCGACUACCAGGUGAAAAUCUUGGGAUGAUUUUAGGAAUAGAUAGUGAUCCAACUCACCAGACAGUUAAAUCUGUGUACGUGAAGACAGUGACAAUAGGGGGUGCUGCGUACAGAGCAACAGGCAGUAAGAAGGGGAUCCAAGAAGGAGACCAAAUUCUACAGAUAAAUGGAACAGACCUCAAUAUUCUAACUCAUGAUGAGUGUUUAACUGUGCUCAGGGAGAUGCCUCUGCGAGUCAUCCUGAAGAUUAGCAGAGGGAAAAAGCGGACAGCCCCCGCAGCAGUCAAACUAUCCCCGGCCAUGUCCCUAGCCAGCAGUAAGAGUUUCGGGGACAGUCCAAGCCCGCUGGUAUAUUCCGAGACCUCCAGCUACUCUGAGAGUGAGGAGGAAGACGGGAAGUUUGAUGGCUUCGUUCAGAUACAUGUGGAGAUCGAUAAACACCCCAAUGAGAGUCUUGGUCUGAGCAUUGUUCCUAGCUAUGGUUCAACUCGGCAGUUCUACCAGAUCAAGAGACUUCUACCAAGUGGAGCGGCUGCCCGGAGUCGACACAUACGCGUAGGAGACCGACUAGUGUCCUGUAAUGGAAUCAGUCUUCGUAAUGUGUCACAAUCAAAGUGUCUUUCUAUUCUGAAAUCAGAAGGAAAUUCGGGUGAUUUAGAAUUGGAAUUACUUCGACCAAAGGAAAAUGAAGAUCAGCUUGAGAUUUCACUGAAAGUUUCUAAUACUGACUCUACGUUGACUUUACAUUCACCCAGUCAGCAGAGGAAAAAUUUCAUCGCAGAUCUUCCAGAAUCGGACUCUGAUAAUGAAGUGGUGCUCAACAAGUUUCAGUAUUUUGAUAAAACUGGACUAGGUCAGAAUUUAAGUGAACAAAAUCAAAAAUCAGAAGUGCCAAACGUAGAAAAAAUUAAAAAUAGUGACACUGAUAAUACUAAAAGAGAUCAUAAGUUUACCUCAGGAAAAUCAAAAAUGGAUGAAUCGUCUGAAUCAUGGAAUUAUGCGGUUCCUCCUCCAGUAGAGUUUUCAACAUAUGGACCGGCAGUACCACCACCUGCUGAGUUCUCAGAGGGUCAAAGUCUAAUUUUUAACCAAUCAAACAAUGGAAUUCCUGUCACAAAUAUUGAUGAAAUCAUUAAAUCCUACAGCCAUUCUCCAGUAGUACAAAGUCAGGAUUCCUACAUACCACAAACAGAAAUGGAUGACACUGAAGAUCAAACCCGUCACUUGGAAUCCUUGACAGGAUUACAUGGGGAUGAGAAUGGGUCUCUGGACAAUUCUUUUACCUAUUUUAAUGAAAACCUUCCAGAAGAGGGGGAAUUAGAAAUGAUGGACAGUUUACAGGGAGAUAAUGACUACCAAUUUCAGAAGGAGGAUCAGAAUAUUGAUGCAGAUGAGGAAGUUGAGUCAGAGCCGUUUAUUCCCCCUGCCCCUGUCAAUACCGAGGAUAUUGAUUUAGAUGUUCAACAUUCCAACAGUGAUGAUGAAUUUGUUGUCCCUGUUACAGUGCAGAGGAAUAAGAAUAUUCCCUUCACAUCCACUAUAACUGUGCCGUCUGCUGGUCCAUCUGAAAUAGAGGAGGAGCAGAUUAUUCCUUCAGUUGAACAGCGCAAGAGGACACCAGCUUCAGCCACUAUAAAGUUAGACGAGGUCAAAAAAGAGGAGCAACCAACAAAACCAGUUCCUCAGCCAAGAGUCAAACCAACCAUUAUCAGUGUUAAACAGGAGCCCACUCCCCCUAAAUCCAGCAUGGAGGAAGAACAAGGUGUGGAAGAAGAGAUGGUGAAAGCAGAAUUCAAAGACAGGCAAAGUGUACAUAAGGAAUUUAAUAAAAAGCUAGGUGUAGGGGUGGAAGAGGAAAUAGUUCCAGUGGUUGUGAAAAAAGACCAGAGCUGGAAUGCAGCUAAAAUUGCAGUUAUCACAAAUAUGUGGUCCAAAUCUGCCAGUAAGGGUAAAGACAGUGUAGACGAAAGUGAGAAUAAGAAUUUAAAAAGUGUUAUAAAUGUGAUAAAUUCUAAGAAGAAAAAGACAGAAAAUAAUGAAGAUUUAGCACAGGUAAACAAGGUGGAAACAACUAGGGAAGAAAUUGAACCAAGAGAACAAGAGGUUCACAGAAAUGUCAUUGAAGUAAUAUCCCCUGUGUCAAUUGAUGUUGCUAAUGUGGAAAAGAAAACUGAAAAAGUAGAUUCAAUUGCUCCUUUAACAGAUAAGUACAGUGAAGGUAAAUCAUCAGAACCAGUGAAUACAGAAACUACAGGUCAACAAAAUGUUACUGUCGUCAGUUCUAGAUUGGAUACCAAGCCUCCUGAAAAAGAAAGCAUAACAGUCACACCAGAGCCCAAAAUAGAAAAAACAGCCCCCAUAUCUGUGUCAUCUAAAGCAACGAAAGACAAUGUUCUCUCUGGAACCAUUCCCAAAACCACAGAAGCUUCACCAUCAUCGCCCUUCAAGUCCUCCAUAGGAAUAACCAAACCCUCAAGUCUUCUCAGUACCAUAAGGUCACAAAACACCCCGUCAGCAACAUUAAGGCCCCUCUCUUCCAUUAAGCCAAUAACUGUUAGUGCUAAGACAUUUUCUCUGGGGAAGCCUUCCAGUCUUUCUAGUUCUCUAUCUUCAGGAAGGCCAUCCCUGCUCUCAACAAUUCAUGGAACAGCAACAUCCACAAAGAAUACUCGCUCUGAGGAGGAGUCAUUUUUAGUGAGUGUACUCAAAGGGAUUCUGGGGCUAGGACUGAAAGUGAGCCUUACACCAGAGGGGUUUGUCAAAGUAGAUGAGAUUCAACCAAGUGGGCCUAUUGCAAAGGAUGGUAACAUCAGGGUUGGUGAUUUCCUGCUGUCCAUCAACAACACAGAAUUAACAGGUCUACCUGACAGCAAAGUACAACAGAUACUCCGACUCCUACCCCGGGGCAUCGCAAAAAUACUGGUGUCAAUCAAACCUCCAUCAUCAGAAGGGGUUGCCAGACCAGCAGAGCUCAGUCUCAGCAACAAUGAUUCCAGACAAUCACCUUUAUCAUCUCCAAGAACAAUGUCAAAGUCAGCCUCACUAUCACCUUCACUGUCUCCACGACAACGUAUGUCAUCUCCUUCAUCACCACAACAACCAAGUGUACCAAGCUCUACGACACAAGUAGAAGAGUCCUCUGUGAAAGUGACUGUUAACCACAAUCAGUUGUCACCAGAAACAAAUAAAAAAUCAGAAGAUGAGUCCACAGGAAAGGUGAAUGUUAAACAUGACCAGUAUGCACCCGGAGCAAAAAAGACUCCACCACCAGUGGCACCUAAACCAAAACAGGCUUCUUCACCUGAUCAUAUCAGCAAAACUGGUUCCCAUUGGGGAGGUGGGGGAUAUGUCAGCUCAGCUAUAGGAAGAACAUCCUCCUUUGGAAAGAAGGAAUACCAAGCAGUCGACAACAAACCUCACAUUCAACCAAAGAAGGCAGAUUAUGUGUCAUCUGCCAUAAAAACAGUUCAUGAAAAAGAAGAAAAAGAGCCUAUUGACACUGUAGUGUUUGCAUCUGUGGAUUUUAACAAAAUGAAUGCUAUGUCACGCCAUUCCAUAGGGCAUUCAAAGGAUAAAAAUAGUCCAGAACCAAAGAUGAUUCCCAAGGGACAUGUGGAUUAUGUGUCCUCUGCUAAACCCAAGGGCUCCUCACCAGAGAAAAAAGAUAUCCCAUACUCACCCUACGCAUAUGAAGAAGUUUCCACCAAAAUCUCACCUGUGAAGAUGAACUCUGCUUUGAGUCCCCGUAGGAAGAGUGAGGAUAAGUUUUCAUUUGGAGCAUCUUUCUCUGGAAACAGAACAAAAGGUAAGAUGGAGGAUCAGCAUACCACUGGCUCACCAUUAUCCUCACCCAAAAGUCCUGUCACCCCCACCACCCAGCACUCACCCACUAUCACAGCAUCCCCGGAAGAUGAAGUUGUUGUGAGGUCACCUCCAGAAGGUCCUACCAAACCUGUUCCCCGACCCAGGGGAUCCAUCUCAGACAAACCCCCAGAAAGCACUGUACCAGACACCUCACCAGCAAACACCAUGCCAUCUGAUGACAGCAUCAAUCCUAAUGCUGAAAACACAGACCAAGUCAUAGAGCAACCCUGUGUGCUGAGCAGUGAUCAACUAAACACAGCUUAUUCCUCUGAAGAAAAUGUUGCUAGUGCACCUGAAGCACAGAGCAUUAAUUUCAAUGUUGUAAAUGGCACAGAAUCACAAAAAGACACUGCUGCUGCACUCACAAAAAAUAAUGCACAAGAAAACAAUGUGACUUCACCAGGCUUUGAUUUUAUGAAUGUAGAAGUCAAUACAUGUAUAUCAAAUGUAGAAGAAGUAAACAAUGGCUCUGAUGUUAAAGAUAAAAUAGAUGAAGUCACAUCAGAAUCUUUGCUUGUAGAUGACUCUGAUAAUGAAUUGUUUGAAUUUGUUGAAGAAAUUGUUAGAAAUGCUAUUCAAAAGGGAAUUGAUGAAUUUAAAGCUUCAGAAGCAGAAGACAAAGCAGAAGAAGAUGAUGAAGCAGGUAAGAAAGUAGACAACAAACUCUCAAGAGUGCAUGAAACAUGUCCUGUAGCGGUUAUGGAAACAAAAAGCUUGCGUGCUUUCUUGCAAAAACUUGACUCUUUUGAAAAGGAGGUGCCGUCAACUGAUACAUACUCAAUGAAUCAAAACCCUGUUGCAGAAAGCAUUGCUGCAGAGAUGCUAAAGGAGAGUGAUAACCAUGCUAGUCAUGCAAACUCUGCUACUAAAACAUCUGCAAGUACAUCCAAUGACUUACUAACACAUGAAAACGGUGGUGUUCAGGUUGACCAAUGCAUGUCUGUUUCCAAUGAUGCUUCUGUUGCAUGUAAUGAUGUUGUUUUGGAUUCACCCAAUCCAGUUAGCAUGUCUGUGGAAGUGGUUAAUGUGCCUAGUGUAGCUUCAGUAGGGGAUAAUAUUGUUAAUACUCUCUCAAUUCAGGAACCAAAAUUGUAUACAGAACAACUAAGUGAAGAUCCACACCCUGGCAGAGACAUGGCAGAUGAUAAUGUAAAUAGUGAUGUUAACAUUGAUGAUUCUCAGGGAGACUUGGAAAAUAUUGAAAUUGUUUUAAAUGAAGAAAGUGUUGAUACUUCUCCAAUAGAUUUAUUAGGAGGAGACAUUUCUCAGACUGAAUUCAUUUCUGGAAAAUUUUCUACCAUAAAAAGUCAAAGAUCGUGGUUUGUAUGUGUUGGAGACCAGAGAUUUGGGCCUGAUUUUUCUAAUGUGGAGGAUAUUGGUGGAUGUUUGGAUCAGAUGUCACCAGAAGAACUGGAAACCUUGCUGACCAAGAAUAACAGUGACUUGGACUCUUAUGGAGUUGGACUGGAUGCCAGGAUUGUGCUUGUCUUUCUGAAUUCAAAUUUCCAGGGAGAGAGUCCAGGGCUGCAGCUGACUGCUGACCAGGAUGGCUAUUUAGUGAUUUCAGAAGUGAUGGAAGGUAGUUUGGCAGACAGAGAGGACCACAUUCAGAAAGGGGACAGAGUGAUCUCCCUUGAUGGUGUGUCGGCUGCUUCUCUCUCACCAGAAGCCGUGAUGAAUGGAAUCAACGACACGACCUCCAAUCAUGUCAUUGUGCUAACCAGAACUGGGGAGGAAAGUGAUGAUUCUGAAGCCCCUCCCCCAGCACUUCCUGUCUCACAACCACCAGAUAUUCCAACAGAGGAUGAGAAAAGGGAGGUAACAACAGGCACAACACUUGAGGAGGCCAGUGAAAAUGAAAGUGAAAAGGAAAUAAUUAAACAGCAGAUAAAAGACUUAAAAGUGGAGAUUCCAUCAGAAAAUGUGGAUACACAUGAGGACAACAAGCCAGACAGUGAUUUAGAUGUAACUGGCCCAGGAGAAAGUGCAGGACCAGACUCCAUUUCUGUGAGCAUUCCAGAGGUGUCAAGUCCUCAAGGAUCUCAGGACUCCGGUGUGGACAUGCCAAGUCCACUGGAUACACAAUCCACACUGGAUACACAGCCCACAGUUGAUACACAAUCGACUCUGGAUACACAGCCCACACUGGAUACACAAUCCACACUGGAUACACAGCCCACAGUGAAUACACAGCCCAUAGUGGAUACACAGUCCACACUGGAUACACAGCCCACACUGGAUACACAGCCCACAGUGGAUACACAGUCCAAACUGGAUACACAGUCUACAGUGACGAAUACUGCACCUACUGAGAAACCUAAAGAAACUGAGCAGUCACUAUCCAAUGGUGAUCUGAAUCAAGUAUCGUCUCCUACCUCCCCACUUGAAAGGAUAGAGCAACUGUUGACCUCACCGUCCGAUGAUUCUGAUGAUGAGAAUGCAGAGAAAGAUACGUUUGAGGUGGUGAUGAACAAGGGGGUAACAGGACUGGGGUUCUUGAUUGAGGGAGGGAAGGCUUCAGCCAAGGGGGACCAGCCUCUCACCAUCAGGAGGAUAUUCAAAGGUGGGCCAGCAGAGAAAUGUGGCAAGCUGAAGGUCAAGGAUGAGAUUCUGGAGGUCAAUGGAUUGGACAUCACAAACAUGCGGCACUCUGAGGCCUGGACACACCUCAAGUUCCUGGACGAUGGACCAGUACAUCUACUGAUACGUCGCAAGGUCCAGAAGUCACCAGAAUAAAGACACUGAAUCACCAUCAAAGUACUGAAAGUACUGGUAACAUCAUCAAAGUAGUAAUGCCAUCAAAGUACUGAAAGUACUUAUACCAUAAUCAAAGUACUGCAAAGACACUAGUUAACACCAUCAAAGUACUGAAAGAUACUGCAGCACUAUCCAAGUACUGAAGUAGUACCAUAUGUAGUACUUGUAUUACUGUUAUAGCACCGAGGACCUAGUAAGACAUUUUAAAACAGGCUACACCAAUUUUGCAAUUUUGUUCAGCAAAAGGUUAUUUCCACUUGAAUGUAACUUGGUUUUCUGACAGUAUAAAACAGUAUUCUGUUUAUGGAUAGGCAAGUGAUUUUUUUAUGGCAGGAAUUGGUUUAAUAUGUGUAUCUGCACAAAUGUAUAUUGAUUUUAUUCAUUAUACAAAACAGAAGUGCUUUAAUAAAAGGAUACAUGCCAACUGUUAUACAUUCAACAUAGUCUCUCCUGUUACACUUGUAUCUUUUAUAUGCUGUAAAUCACUUUUCAUUUGUAAGAACUUUUGUGUAAUUAAGUGAGAUGAUCAGUUCAUGAGAUCCAUUCUCAUGUAUAUGUUUAAAAAAAAUUAUAAAGAGAAUAAAUUUGUGACCAUUUUGUCUCUCCAAUAAAGAAAUAUGAAAAUAUCUCACAAAAAUAAGGUGCACAAAAAUUUUGGUGAUCUACAGUAUUAUGCUACCAAUUUGUUUGAAUAUUUGAUAAUGGUUUUAUGGGUAAAAUGAUAUAGGCAUAUAUACAUUACCGGUACAUAAUACAUAUCUCAUGAGGGUCUCAUAGUUAAUCAAAUACAUAUAAGCUUUGUCUCUGAAAGGUCCUGUGAUAAAGAAUUGUGUCUCAAGGUUUUAAUCUGUUAAGGGUUAGUUUUUAAAAUUUGUAACAAAAUAUACAUGCAAGAGUAAAAACAUUCAUAUAGAAUGUACCGGUAGAUACACUAUAUGCUGGACACUUGUUUCCUUGUUUUUGACACUGUGAGUUGUGUUUUGUAGGUAAUUAUCAGUGCUUGUAUACACAUUGUUAAGUUUGUUUGCUGUUCUUGUAUGUCUCAGGUUUAACCAACUCAUUUUCCCAUAUACAUAUAUUAUAUGUACCACAUAUACACAUGUACUGCUAUUAUUGUUUGUCUAUGUACAUUUUUAUUUUAUCCCACAUGCUUGUUCAAAGUGUAAUCGGUGUUCUAUAUAUUAUAUGUACAUGCUCUAGCAGACCUUAUACUGUUAUGUGUUCAACUGGACAAUCUUCUCCGAAAUGUCUUCACAGUUGUUAUUUCCUGAGACUUUUUACUUUAUGAAAAAUAUGCUCUAAUUUUUGUAUAUGAAAAAUGAAUUCUUCAAACUUUCGGAAAAUACAAUUUAAUUUCUGAAACAUAUCGAUAUAGAUAUCUAUAUUUUUAUUGGAGAUCGAGCCAAUCUGUUAGCAAUAUAAGUGUACAGUGCACUGCAUAUAUUGUAUACUCGUCAACUCUUUGUAAUACAUGUCUAAUCCCUAAGUAUAUAUUUAUUUGCAAUAUGUUUGAACAAAGCAAUAUUUUCUACAAUAAAAAUAAAUAUAUAUAAAUAAUUCAA